CUGUUUCAUUUCUUUGUUAUCGAAGUCCUUACCAGCUGCAGAAACACUACAACUUCGAAUUAAAAGAAGAAAUUUGGAACAAUUUUUCAUUCGUCUAAGAAGCGUACAAAAAGGAGAGAGAAUUUUUUUUUAAAAAAACGUGUAGGCUCAAGUUUUGGACUGGUACAGCGUGGAUCUGAUGUGGCAAUCCGAUCUUCGCAGUUUGAACAAUCAACCACCAGUCUGAGGAUUGGGUAUGCUCAGCCAAUAAGAGCACACCAUCAACAGCACAAGCACAACUUAAAAUUCACGCACUAACGAUGACUUCAAAAUCAUGUUUUUCCAGAAUUAAUCCCGAAUCUCUUGUAAAUUUCACCCAUCUAUCUCGUUUUCCUUCAAUUCAAUCAUAUUCUUCCUUCUUUCUUAACAUCUCAACCACAACGACGAUCAAGAACCGGCGCUCUAUUUAUAGUCGCAAGUAUUUUUCGCAUCGCGCAUUAUCUUUGUCGGCAUUUAAGAAAGAGGAUCAAUUAGAAGAAAUGACGAUCAAAUCGGCGGUACGAAUCUUAGAUCGGAAACUAAUUGUGAAGGAUCGCACAAUCCUGAGUGGAGUACCGGAGAAUGUGAUAGCAACAUCCGGUUCGUCUUCCGGUCCGGUGGAUGGAGUCUUUCUCGGAGCAUUUUUCGAUGGGGAAAAUAGCCGGCAUGUGGUGCCUUUGGGAACUUUACGUGACGUCAGGUUCAUGGCCUGCUUCCGUUUCAAGCUUUGGUGGAUGGCCCAGAAAAUGGGAGAUCACGGAAGGGACAUUCCUCUGGAGACACAAUUUUUGCUAGUUGAGACUAAGGAUGGGUCCCAGCUCGAAUCGGACGAUGGAAACGAAGAGAAUCAGAUCAUUUACACCGUUUUCCUUCCUUUGAUUGAAGGAUCAUUCAGAGCUUGUUUACAGGGAAACACGAACGAUGAGCUCGAGCUUUGUUUAGAAAGUGGCGAUGAUGACACCAAAGCGUCGUCGUUUACACACUCUCUGUUCAUUCACGCCGGUACGGAUCCGUUUGCUACGAUUACUGAUGCGAUAAGAGAGGUUAAGUUACAUUUGAAAACUUUUCGUCAACGGCACGAGAAAAAAUUGCCUGGGAUCGUCGAUUAUUUUGGGUGGUGCACCUGGGACGCGUUUUACCAGGAAGUGACUCAAGAAGGGGUGGAGGCUGGGCUCCAGAGUUUGGCCGCUGGUGGGACCCUUCCAAAAUUCGUGAUCAUUGACGAUGGAUGGCAAUCAGUUGGUAGUGACCCGCAAGAGGAAACCAUAUCCAACGAUCAAAAAGAGAACAAACCGCAACCGUUGCUUAGGUUGACUGGGAUCAAAGAAAAUUCGAAAUUCCAAAAGAAAGAUGAUCCAAUGGUUGGAAUAAAGAACAUAGUAAACAUAGCGAAACAGAAGCACAGGUUGAAAUAUGUGUAUGUAUGGCACGCGAUCACCGGAUACUGGGGUGGGGUCCGUCCAGGAGCUAGGGAGAUGGAGAAAUACGGGUCGUUGAUGAAGUACCCGAUGUUGUCAAAAGGGGUGGUGGAGAAUGAGCCAACAUGGAAGAAUGAUGCAUUGGCGUUGCAGGGAUUGGGGCUGGUGAAUCCAAAGAAGGUGCACACAUUUUACAAUGAGUUGCAUAGUUAUUUGGCAUCUGCGGGUAUAGAUGGGGUUAAGGUGGACGUGCAGUGCAUAUUGGAGACUCUAGGUGCUGGUUUGGGAGGAAGAGUGGAGUUGACAAGGCAGUAUCAUCAGGCUCUUGAUGCAUCUGUGGCUAAGAACUUCCCUGAUAAUGGGUGCAUUGCUUGCAUGAGCCAUAAUACUGAUGCAUUAUAUUGCUCGAAACAGACGGCAGUGAUGAGAGCAUCAGAUGAUUUCUUCCCGCGGGACCCAGUGUCACAUACCAUCCACAUAGCGGCAGUGGCUUACAACAGUGUUUUUCUAGGAGAAUUUAUGCUGCCUGAUUGGGAUAUGUUCCAUUCCCUCCAUCCAGCUGCUGAAUAUCACGCAUCUGCUAGAGCCAUUAGCGGUGGCCCUGUCUAUGUCAGUGAUGAGCCCGGGAAGCACGACUUCAAGGUACUGAAGAAGCUGGUCCUGCCUGACGGCUCAAUUCUUCGAGCUCGUUUGCCUGGCCGCCCUACCCGUGACUGUUUGUGCUCUGACCCAGCCCGUGAUGGUGUUAGCUUGUUGAAGAUAUGGAACAUGAACAAAUACACAGGGGUCCUAGGAGUCUACAAUUGCCAAGGUGCUGCCUGGAACAGCGUUGAGAGGAAGAACACAUUCCACCAAACCAAAUCUGAUGCUAUAACAGGAGCCAUAAGGGGCCGCGAUGUCCAUCUCAUAGCUGAAGCAGCCACUGAUUCCAGCUGGAACGGUGACACUGCUAUUUAUGGCCAUCGAACUGGGGAGCUCGUCAUUCUCCCUUACAAUGUAUCAAUGCCGGUGUCACUCAAAGUUCUGGAGCAUGAUAUUUUCACUGUAACACCCAUCAAGAUUUUAGCACCCGGAUUCAGCUUUGCACCCUUUGGGCUCGUAGCCAUGUACAAUGCUGGUGGAGCCAUUGAGGGGCUUAAAUAUGAAGUGAAAGGAGGUGCGCAACUAUCAGAGAUUGAGGAAGGAUACAAGGGUGAAAACAGUAUCCUGAGUGAGGAGAGAGUAGAGAAUUGCAACAAUGAAUUGGUUGGGGAAGUGUACAUGGAGAUUAGAGGGUGUGGCAAGUUUGGUGCUUAUUCGGCAACUAAGCCAAGGAAGUGCAUCGUGGACUCCAAUGUGGUUGAUUUUGUGUAUGAUUCAUCCACUGCUUUGCUUACUUUUAGCUUGGAUAGCUUGCCUGAGGAAGGUGAAUUUCACGUCAUUAAGGUUGAAUUGUAGUUUCAUUCCUUUUAGCUUUAAAAAUAUAGCAUGCCCGAGGAAGUUGGUAAACGUCAUAUUGUUUAGGCAUGAGUUAUAGUUUAAUACAUACAGGAUAGAUGCUAGAGAAUUCAGGAAUUAUUAUCAUUCCUUUCAAUUUUCUUCCCUCUUUCAGGUCGAGGGGUUCACUUAGUGAUGUAAUUUAUAGUUGGAAGGAAUUAACUAUAAACCAUUGGAACAUUGUCAA